GAGAAUGUGGUAUUGCACGACCGAAAGCUAGAAUAAUUGGUGGACAGGACGCAGAAAUAGGAGAGUGGCCCUGGAUGGCUAUGUUAUAUCACAUAACAACAAACAAAUCAUUUUGUGGAGGCGCUUUGCUGACAUCAACCUGGGUUGUGACUGCUGCACACUGCAUUAACGAGUCAAAAGUUAACGAAAAUACGCUCCAGGUAUACCUCGGAAAACAUGAAGCAGAUGUGGGUGAAAGUGGAAUUAUUGUGGACGAAAUUAUUAUGCAUCCUGAUUUUAAUAAUACAGUGUAUGAUGCAGACAUCGCUCUUAUUCGAUUGACAGAACAUGUUGUUUUCACAGAAACGAUCAAGCCAGUAUUUGGUGUCGCCGCAAUCGCAGAUGGAUCUCCGUCAUCACCGCCUUUCAGUUAG